UUUUUCUUUACUCCCUUCUUUUCUCGAUCUAUUCUUCUCUAUUCAUUCUUCUAUCUCCUGUCUCUAUGCUGGUCUGCUGUCGGGCACUCUCAGGAUGCAGAGCCCAAUCGAGUUCUCUUAGUUACAAUUCAUCACCUGCUCUAUCCUAUAACAGUGGAAGUGCUGCAUCAAGUUUUUUCUCCUCAUGAAUUCGUGGAGAAUAUCGUCACAUUUCAGAAGUCCGCUGGUUCUCAAGCCCUCAUCCAGUAUCAGUCAGGUCAGAGUGCUGUUCAAGCAAGAAAUGCUUUGCAAGGACGCAAUAUCUACGACGGUUGCUGUCAUCUAGAUAUUCAGUUCUCCAACCUCAGUGAGUUACAGGUGAACUAUAAUAAUGAGCGAUCUAGGGAUUUCACAAAUCCGUCGUUGCCAUCUGAUCAGACAAGCACAUCCUCUCUUCCUGGCUAUGGUGAUGCUGGGGGUCUGUAUGCACUUCAACCUCCAGGUUCCGGGGCAGUGGCAUUUCCUCAGAUGGGAAAUGCCGCAGCCAUUGCAGCUGCAUUUGGUGGAGGCUUGCCUCCUGGAAUAAGUGGUACAAAUGACAAGUGCACCAUCCUUGUCUCCAAUCUGGAUCCUGAUAAAGUUGAUGAGGAUAAACUUUUCAAUCUGUUCUCUGUUUAUGGUAACAUUGUCCGAAUCAAACUGCUCCGCAACAAACCAGACCAUGCACUCAUUCAGAUGGCAGAUGGGUUUCAGGCAGAAUUGGCUGUGCACUUCUUAAAGGGGGCUCAACUUUUUGGCAAGCGGGUGGAGGUGAAUUUCUCAAAGCAUCCCAACAUUACAUCCGCUCCAGUCACCCAUGAGUACUCAGGUUCAAACCUCAACCGCUUCAACCGGAAUCUGGUGAAGAACUACCGCUACUGUUGUGCCCCAACCAAGAUGAUCCACCUCUCCACCCUCCCUCAAGACAUAACUGAGGAAGACAUUGUUGCCCAACUGGAGGAGCAUGGCGCCAUUGUUAGCACUAAGCUCUUUGAGGCGAAUGGAAAGAAGCAAGCCUUGGUCCUUUUUGAGAACGAGGAGCAGGCCACGGAGGCCCUUGUUUGCAAGUAUGCUAGCUCCAUUGAUGGGUCAGUCAUCCGGAUCUCUUUCUCGCAAUUGCAGAGUAUCUGAGAAAAAAUAGAAAAGAAAAUAGGAUGACCAUUCCUUUCAAAGAUUGUUUGGCUUGCAUCUCCAUUGCUUGGGAUAUGGAAUGAUUUCUUGGAUGCAUGUAUUACCAUUGGCUUCUAAUUAUAUUUUGGAUAUUUAAUGAUUAAUUAGUUUCCUUA